AUGGCAGAUGUGAAUCUAGGCCGUGAGGCGAUGCCUCAGCCCCCCGGCUUUGAAGCGAGCGAUGCUUGGUCAAACUACAAGCCCACUGCCUCGUCACAUGGCGGCUGGGAUGACAACGACCGUGGCAACAAUCGGAGUUGGGGAAGCCAGAACGGUCAUGGUUCUGACAAGUGGAAAAACGACAAGUGGAGUGGCGGAGGAGGUGGAGGUGCCAAGUGGGGGAACUCCAAAUGGUCAAAGGAUGCGGAUACUUCGUCGUCUUGGUAUUCAGGUGGUUAUGGAGGCCUUGUGGGCGAGGACAAUGCCACCGUUGAAGUCCAGGACGAGGAAGUCGAAUUCCCCCGGACAGAGAUGCUUCUGGCACAGGAAGAUUUUGAAAGCCUCGGCGUGUGCAAAGAGGUCAUGGAAGGCAUCAACUUCCUUGGCUAUGUGAAGCCCUCCGUCAUCCAGGCACACACGCUGCCACGAAUUCUUGGCGAGCCAGGUCAGAGAGGUAAAAGUCUCCAGGCGCAGGCGCAGAAUGGAUCUGGCAAGACUGCAUGCUUCAGCAUCGCUGUGUUGCAAGCGCUUGACAUCAGUGUCUUGCAGCCGCAAGCGAUGAUUUUAUGUCCAACCAGAGAGCUGGCGCGUCAAAACCACGACUUCCUGAACCUCAUUGGGUUCGGUAUGAAACCGAAGACUCAUCUGGUGUGUCCGGGCAUGGAGCGUGUGCCCACCGGCUCUACGAUUGACUGCCACGUCUUGAUUGGCACUCCUGGGAAGAUGAUGGAUAUGUGCAAGAAGAGGUUCGUCUACGUGAAGGAGCUCAAGGUUCUGGUGCUUGAUGAGGCCGAUGUGAUGCUCGAUCAGGAAAAUUUCAUGGGCACCCACGUCAUGGACGUCAGGAAACAUCUGCCACAGGAUAUCCAGAUUCUGUUCUUCAGUGCCACAUAUCCCGAUUACGUGCAAAUCUUUGCACGGAAUUUGCUUGCGAGCAAGACGGUCAUCAAGGUCUCGAAGGAGGCGCUGACUGUCGCCACCAUCCAGCAGACAUACAAGGUUUGCGAGGACGAGAGCGACAAGUUUCAGCAGCUGAUGAAUAUCUACGGUGCUCUCAGCAUGGGUCAGAGUAUCGUCUUCUUCAACUCCAGAAGCAAGGCCUUUCAGAUAGCAGAGCAGCUGAAGCAGGAGGGCCGAGUUGUGUCGCUGAUCUGUGGAUCGAAAUCAAGCGGCCAAGAAGACGGCCUGACAGUCGAAGAGCGUGAUCGGGUGAUGGGCGAGUUCCGUAACGGCGUGACUCAGGUUCUGGUCGCCACGGACGUCCUUUGCCGCGGGAUCGACGUGCCCCAGGUCACCCUGGUAGUGAACUACGAGAUGCCGCUCACCCGUAACUGGACAGUUGCCAUGGAUACGUACCUGCAUCGAAUCGGAAGGACCGGCCGGUUCGGCUUGAAAGGAGUCGCGGUGAGCCUCGUCACGACGGAUGAGAUCAAGCACGUGCAGGAGGUCAUGGAGCACUACCAGUGCAAAGUCCAGGAGAUCGACUACGACUGGGAGGAGUUUCAGGAGAGGCUCAGCGUGUUGCGUGUGCAACAAGAGCCGGACGGGCAGCGCCUGAGACCUAAGACACAACGAUGCUUCCACAUACUCUCGAAGCUGAAGCUUCAUCUUUCCAUUUGCAUAGUGCCCCGUUGUCUUCGGCAUCUGGCCAUGCCGAAGGGAGACGGGCUUGGCUACGUCUCGAAGGAUUAUGCAGACCUUUUUCGGGAGCUGAGCGGGGACUUCGCGCACAAGGAUCCUGUGCAGCUGAAGCCGCCAUGCCGCGUGCGAAAAUGUACAGCCGAGGAGAUGUCGGUUCGGCACUUCCCGUUCGGCAUCGUGCGAGUAAAGCUCCGCAUGCGUGGUGGUGACAUAGCGAUCGAAGAUGUGGCGAAAGGGGAGUACAUGAAAUGGAGCGUUGCUGAGGCGCUCUCGCAAAGCUUCAAAAAGCUCUUGAAGAUCGUGGUUCCUCCGAGCUGCAUUCUGGCCUGCACGGACGAGAUCGAAGUUCUCUCCGUACAGCGCCCCAGCCUGGGUGAUUGCCUUUGGCAAUUCUGUGAGUUUCGCUUUGACUACAAGGUUGAUACGGCGGACCCCGUUCUGUUGCUGAACGGCGUGUUUGCCAACAUGGCAGACUUUGAAGCCAUCUUUUGCCAGCAGUUGGAGACGAGAUUCAGAGAUGUUUACCUUCUAACGGUCCUCGGCCUCAUCAACAAGCGCUUCUUAUUGAUGGAUGGUGGGGCCAUCUUAGACGCGAUCUCUCUCCACAAGGCUGCCGAGGCCAAUGACGUCGAGGCAAUUGCCGCGCUGGCCAAUCCCAGCACCAUCAACACAGUCCUCAAGGGCGACCGGCUCCCAUGCGGUGUGCUGAACGAGGACGAGACCUUUUCAAUGGUUUCACUGCAGCGGACACCUUUGCUGGCUGCUGCGGAAGCGGGUCAUGCUGAGGCGGCGCGGCGGCUACUGGAUGCGAAGGCAGAGGUGAAUUACCAGGAUACAUCUGGUUUUCAUGCUCUCUACCUUGCAGCUGGAGCUCCCAGUGCACAGGAGGCUGUGAAGCUUCUCCUGGAGCAGGGCGCCGACAUACAACUAGCGAACAGAAGUGGCUACACAGCGCUGCACAACGCUUGCGGAUGUGGCCAGGUUGACAGCAUUCGAGUGCUGUUGGAGGCUCGUGCAGACCUGAAUAUGAAGAGCCGCAGCGGAGCGGCUCCGGUACACGUGGCUGCGAUUAGCGAUCGUCCCGCGUCCCUGGAGGUAUUGAAGCAGUACAAGUCCAAUCUGGACAUGCCAGCAGUGGGCGGAAAUACCGCCGUGCACGAGGGUGUUAUGCAGAACAAUCCAGGGAUCAUCCAGAAGCUUUUCGAGCUGAAGGCGGACAUCAACAUUGAGAGCGGCCCAGACAAUCAGUUUGCGACACCGCUGAAGAUGGCAUUGGACAGGAAGAAGAAAAAAGCUGCCAAAGUGCUCAAGGAUCUCGGGGCCAUCGAGCAGGUGCCUGGGGGCAACACCACUGGCGAGGUCUUCGACAGCGCCAAGACAAGCGAUUUCAGGUUGAGGCGGCGGCCUUUGCGGUGA